CGAGGUUCCCUCCCCUUCCCCGCAGCAUUGAAUGGGAAAGCUUGAGCUCCGGGAGAGGGAGGUCUAGACAAGGUCUAGACGGAUAGGUCGGGAGAGGGGAAGGGGAAAGGUAGACCGUAGAGGUAGGUAUCUAAGAGAGAGAAGGGGGGAGAUUGUGUUAAUAAACUCACCGUGCCCUCCCUUACCUCCCUUUCUUUAUUCAUUCUCUGCGUGCAUUGUUCCAUAUACGACUACAAACUUCCGACUUACCAGAACGUCAUUAACCGAAAGACGCGGAUAUCUAGUGCUGUAAGAAAUACAGCUACAGAGCUUCUUCGAAGAAUUAGGCUUAGUAGCCAGGGUUCCAAAAUUUCAAGAGAGGAACGAAUCAACAAAAGAAGAAGAAAAAAGCCGACAAGAUGAUGGCAGUAGACUUCCUCCGCUCUCAAUUCAAAAAGCUGCCCUACCCUUCCGACGACUGCGCCGGCCGCACCAUCAUCGUCACGGGCUCCAACGUCGGCCUGGGCCUCGAAGCGGCGCGACACUUUGUGCGGCUCAACGCCGCCAAGGUGAUCCUCGCCGUGCGCAGCACCGACAAGGGCGAGGCGGCCAAGACGGACAUUGAGCUGACGACGGGCCGGCGCGGCGUCGUCGAGGUGUGGCCGCUGGACCAGGCAUCGUUUGAGAGCGUCAAGGAGUUUGCGGCGCGCGCGGACAAGCUGCCGAGGCUGGACUUUGCGGUGCUGAACGCAAGCAUCGCGACCGGCAAGAGGGUCGACGCCGAGGGGUGGGAGAGCACGAUUACGGUGAAUGUGCUGAGCACGUUCUUGUUGGGGUUGAAGUUGUUGCCGGUGCUGAGGAGGACGGGCAAGACGCAUAAUGUUACGCCCAAGAUUGUGAUUGUCGCUUCGGAUGCGAGUCAGAUGGCCAAGUUCCACGAACGCAACGAGGAAGACAUUUACAAGGCCCUCAACACCAACAAGAGCCUGACGGACCGGUACAACACGUCGAAGCUGAUGCAGGUGAUCCUGGCGCGGCAGAUGGCCAUCGCGGCGGACGCGUCGGGCAAGGGGCGGGUGCAGGUGACGACGCUGAACCCGGGCCUCUGCGCGACGGCGCUGUUCCGCAACAUCCCCUUCCCGCUGACCAUCGUCGUCAAGGUCGGGCUGAAGCUGCUGGCGCGGUCGGCCGAGGUCGGGUCGCGGUGCCUGACGGCGAGCGCGUUCGCCGGCGAGGAGGCCCACGGGCGGUACAUGAGCGACUGCGUCGUCGUGCGGUUCCCCAAGGUCAUGCAGGGCGAGGAGGGGGAGCAGAUGCAGGUGCGGGUGUGGGAGGAGACUGUGGAGCUGCUGAAUGGAGUUGAUCCCGGCGUUUCGAUGAACCUUUGAAUGCGCUUUUGGAGGUUGGGUUGAAUGGUACUAGGUGUGAUGAUUCUGUUCGUGAACAAUAAUUUGCAAGAUACCUUUUUGGGGGGAAUAUGUCAUGUUUAUUGCUCUCUGGGCAGUGUUAGGAAUUGCUUUACUUUCUCACGCGAGUGUACUGGUAUUGAUCUGAAGCAAGGACAUCUGAAGGAUAUCUACAAUCUUGGACGACAGGCAUGGCCCAAGUAUCAAGGAGAAAAUA